AUGGUUCUGCAACGGUUAGCGUCGCUGGUCUUCCAACACCACAAACCGAAGUUCUGGGCCCGGUAUGUGGAUGAUACCUUUGUCGUUAUCGACCAAGAUCAACUGCUGACAUUGGAGGAACGUCUCGAUGCGGUCUUCCUGGACAAACAAUUUACGAUGAAGAAGGAAGAGAACAACCAGCUGGCUUUCCUGGAUGUCCUCGUAUGUCGCAAGGAUUGUGGUGGACUAAAGACCAAAGUGUUCAGGAAAGCGAGGCACGUACUGAACUUCAAAGGCAACCACCCAGAUCAGCCACAAACACAGUUGUGAAAGAAGGCUCUAUCGGCGUGCUGAAACGCACUGCAGUGAGCCGGAAGACGAGAUUACCGAACAACAACCUGUACGACGGGUCUUCAAAGACAAUGGCUACCCAUGCAACGCUGUCAACCGGUGCAUGCGCAAAAACAACAAGACCAAACCGCAUGGACACCAAGUUUUGACGAGAGCUUCCAUAUGUCAAGUAGUUUUCGGAAGCUGUCGGCCGCCUCCUCGCACCACUUGGGGUUGAAGUUGCACACAGACACGAGGCAACCCUUAGGGAGCUGCUUGAGUCAUGGUUUACUGACCCCCAGCCAAGUGACGAGUGCAAUGACCUUACCCUUCUUUACUGCUGAGACUUUAAUCUAGGCAGUGACUCUGUCUCUGUGGCGGGAGUGCUGUCUUUCGGUUCCUCCGGCGUAGUUACUGUGUCCGCAAAUGCACCAGAUCCGACAAACGACUCCAGACGUUUCUUGCCAUGACUGUGGGUCUCUCGGAUUCCUUACUCGACACCUGAUGAUUGCCUCCAACCCUUAUGUGAUGCGAGAAGGCGGCCUACAGCUUCCGAAACAUGAGGCUAGUAAAGCUCCUGUCCCAGCGAUCGCGUCACCUUCUUCAAGCCUACUUCCUGGAGCUUGUAUCUGCACUUCUAUUGGCAACCCAUCGAGUUACUGUCGUCGGGAGAAGGUGCACGCCACCUUCACUCGCUUUGAGCUCCGUUUGUGCUCCUUUUCUCUACCUAGCUCACUCUCUGUAGCUCACUCACGUGGGGCUACAGAACCAAAUCUCGCCCGAUAUUUUUUUGUUCUUUCCCAAUAAAGGAGGUUAAUUUGAUCGAUACUUAUUUGGGAAAGACUUGUCCUUGAAUUGAUUCUUGAGUUUUAGUCCGUCCUUAUCCGGUAGGCCAGAUGUGCAGAAAAAAAUUACUUUCCGAAAUACAAAAGUUUGACUAGUCAGCCGGGUGGGGCACAUCUUUUGUUUUAAAGUAACCGUAUUUGCCAUCUACGUGUAAACCACAGGAAGAAGGUUAUUUGAAUUUUGAGAUUUGACAAAAUAUUAUUUGAUGUUUUCCGGUUUCGUUUAAUACAUCACUUGGAAACAGACCUGACAGAGAAUGUAUAGCCUGAGCUCUAUUCCGUUAUAAAACAAACGCAAGUCUCUCAGCAUGAAAAUUCGUAAAGUGAAAUCAAAACUGCUUUACCACAAAUAAUACAAUUCGAGGCCGCUGAAGGUCAACUGACGGCGGUUCUCAAAGUUCUUCACAAAGAAGGUCAUUUAUCUGACAAAAAUAUGAGCGACUAAGACCAGUGGGCACGGCCAUAACCAGAACGUAUGGCCUCGCAAAAAUUCACAAACACGGGCUACCCCUACGUCCAAUCCUGGAUAUGAGGAAUUCGCCCUAUCACACCAUAGCAAAAUGGCUAGUGGAAAAGCUUAAACCGCUGCAAGGUCAUCUGUCUCCCCUAAGUCUGAAGGACUCCUUCGAGUUUGUCGAGGCGAUUAAGGAUAUUAACGUUGACGGACGGAGGAUGCUAUCAUUAGACGUAGCAUCACUGCUUACUAAUAUGCCCGUAGCCGAUGCAAUAAAUUACCUUUAUGACGUUAUCCGCGACACGAACUACCCGUUAGGCAUGCCGUUAGAGACGCUAAAAGAGCCACUGACACGGUGCACGCAAAACGCCCAGUUUCUCUGCAAUGGUCAAUUGUACAGACAAAUAGACAGCGUAGCGAUGGGCUCACCGCUCGGCCCAUUCCUCGCAAAUGUCUUCAUGGGCAAAGUCGAGAUGACAAGUUUACAAAACACCAUCAAUGACCUCAGCUUCUACGGUCGGUACGUGGACGAUAUCUUCUGUCUGGCAGAUAUUACCACUGAUAUCGACGACCUUGUCCAAAAGUUCAACAGUGCGCACCCCUCGCCAAAGUUGACUGCUAAGUCUGAGGCAGAUAAUGAAAUUGCGUUUCCCGAUGUGCUUCUACACAGGCAGGAGGAUGGGUCUAUCCAGCACAAGGUGUUCCGAAAGAAAAUCUGGACGGGACAAUAUAUCAAUUUCCACAGUUUUGUUCCCCUCAACAUCAAACGAAAUCUAGUCCAGGGAUUGGCAGCUAGAGUGAGGCGCAUCUGCUCACCUGAAGCUAUUGAAGCAGAGCUCCAACAGCUGCAGAACACACUCCGCGAGAACGGAUAUCCAGAUAGAUUCAUCCUCCGAAAUAUUGGGGAACGCAUUGCAAAGCCCACUGUUCCGACUGCAGAAAAGAAAGAUGUAUUUAUAGGACUGCAUUUUACAGGGGACGCAGCGAGCGAACUAGUCAGACGGCGCUUAACUACAGCUGUCACGAGAGCAUUCCCCACGGCGAAUUUACGCGUAUGUUUCACAAACUCUCCCCUCCUACGUUUGGGAGGUAAAGACAAACUACCGUUGGAAGCCACAUCAAUGUGCAUCUACUCAUUCACUUGCUCCUGUGGAGCGGGAUACAUCGGUCGUACAACGAUACGCCUGGUAGAGAAGGUGCGUGAACAUAUGCCCGCCUGGCUAGACAGAGGUGAGACCUGA